AUGCCAAGUCUUCAGGGAUAUGAUAUCAAAUGUGUUUAUAGUUGCUUGGCAUGUUCCUCCAUCCAUUUCAGCUUAUUCAUUAGUUACCAUCAUGAUGUGAUAGAGAUAUGCCAGCAAGGCAAUAAAGAUGGCAGUGGUGUUGAUGGCAAGGCUAAUAAUAAAAUAUAUUUGGAGUACGCGUCUCAGCUCGACCGCUCCGUUGACAUCGCCCGCCUCGCCCUGUCGCCCCUUCUUGAGGUAUCAAAAGUUUCAAGAAAUACCCCAACAUUCGUCUCUCUCUCUCUCUCCACACACACGCCGAUUUCUAUUUGGGUCUUUGAUUUGAGGGGUCGUGUGCGAUGGAACGAGGCAAACUUGAAUGAGAUUGAAGCAAAUAAACCAGUAAGGCAGAAAAUCACUGAGCCUAAGACACCAUAUCACCCUAUGAUUGUUGAUGAGGAUGGUUCUGUGUCACCAAGACGUGCUUUUGAUGAAUGCUUGGAUGAAUCUGCUCGCACAGAAGCAAUUCUUACUGCCUUGAAUGAUGUAGCUUCUUCAAGCAGACGGCAUGGGGGUUGGACAUCUUCUGAAGAUGAAGCAGAUGCCAUGGAACAAGACGAAGAUUCCGAAACAGAUAGAGCAAGAUUAAGUUUCAAGGAGCACCGACGGGCUCACUAUGAUGAAUUCCAUAAGGUGAAGGAAUUACUACGGACGGGUUCCCUUGGAGAUUCUGAGGCGGACAGAAGCAGCAAUGGCCAGGAAAAGGGUGAGAACUCGACUUCUUUGAUGGAUGGUGUGAAGGAAGCUGACACUGGUGAAGCUCAAAAUACUGAGCUGAAUCAAAAUCAAGAGAUGCAUCCUCCAUGUGACGGAGCCUGUAAAUGAUAUUCAUUGUUAUUUAAGGUAGCAUGGAAUUUAGUAUGGAGAUGCAUGACUUACCAUCUCUUUUAUUGAAGAAAAUACUAGUUCCUGACCGUGAAAAAUCUGUGCUAGCAGUUAUUUUUCACAAUACUCGAAAACUUUCCGAUGUGAAAUCUCCACUUCUCUAAUCCAUCUAGACAUGUUCUCUUUUCCUUU